AUGCCCGGGAUCAAGAGGAAUCGAUCCUUGAUGAAGCUGAGAUGGGACACGAGGCAGGCUUUCCUACGGUAUAAAGUCAGAGAUAUGAGCGAUGAUGGAACCUAUGUAUGCUCACCUAUGACAUAUCGAGGAAGGAAUGAUAAGAUAGUUCCUCUUGCUGGCCAUUGCCAGAAAUAUCGAGGACAGGCGUGCUGUCCGUCGACGACCUCUUCGUCAAACGAGACGAGCGAGAGCUCUGUGAAGCGUCGGAAAUUUUUCGACUGUGAGGAUGGGCGUUCGAGAGGGAGGUCGAAGGCGGCACUCGUGGGGGAUGGUGUAAACAUGGAGGUGAAAGCGGCAAAUUUGCUCGACAUAUUGAAUGGCAGCUGGUUAUAUUGUGCGGGUACUUCUGGGGGUGGGAAUUGUCUGUAUAAUUGUCAAGUAACGCCCACAGGGAGCUUGACUGAAUGGACUUGUACGUAUCGCCCGGCCUGGGCACCCCGCAUAGGUCGUUUGGGCAAAAGCGUUUCGCACGGAUCGCAUUCCAGUCCUCUGGAGCUGGCGCUUGAGCUAAAGACGCGCGGGGCCAUAUGGCCGUCUGAUUCCUCUGCGGAAGAGGACGUCCAGGAAUUUCACGGUGGAGCACUGCUGUUCUCCAAAAUAAGCACGGACCAAGAACGUUACAGAGAAUACUCCAUAGCAUCGACUCUGGUCAGCGUGAAAUAUUCAACGCAGCAAGUCGACUACACUUACAUGUCUUUGGAAGGGGUUCAAUCAUUUCUUUCAACAUCUAUAGGAAGUUUAUCACGUCUAGCUACCGUCACAUUUUCGUAA